UUAUGUACCAGGAGAGUACAGGAGAGGUUCUCUCGGAUUCCCCUGUGUAUUCUGCAAACCCAAGUACUCCGAUUUCUUAUAUUACCGGAGCUCCCAGCAUUUUUACCACUUCAGGAGACAAUGUUCAAUUAGAAUGUAGAAUAUCUGGUUUAAAGAAUCCUCCUCUCUCCUUGUACUGGACUAAGGAUGGUACAGUACUUACUCCCAGGAUAAGAUCUGGAAUAUCCCUGGAGGUUGAAAAGCUUCCCGGAGUCUCACAUUCAACCCUGUUCAUGGGUCAAGCAACUCCAGCAGAUUCAGGAGAAUAUGCUUGUAUGUCUGAUGUAUCUCCUCCAGCUGUGGUUUCACUAUUCGUAUCAGAAGGAUCUGAACAGUCUCCAUUGUUGGCUAGUCUCAGUUCCUCAGGCGAUUCAUUCUCCUGUUCCCUCAACACAUUGUUCCAUUUUUCAACUUAUCUAUUUGUUUUUCUAUUCAUCUACCCAUCAAGUCAUUUAUCUAUCUAUCGUUAGUUUAGUAUUUCUAUCAUUCCAGCUUGUACCCUUAUCCUUCUUAAUAAAGUAUUAGUAUAAAUUCA